UCCCAAAGCUGAAGCACAUCUACCUGCAUGAGCUCUAUAAGCUGCAGCAUAUAUGUGAGGCUAAGAUGUUUGCUCCCAAGCUUGAGAAGGUCAGGCUCAGGGGAUGCUGGGGUCUCAGGCGCCUCCCGGCCAUCGGUCAAGAAAGCCAUCCCGUCGUGGACUGCGAGAAGGACUGGUGGGACAAGCUGGAGUGGGAUGGGCUGGAGGCCGGCCACCAUCCAUCCCUCUUCGAGCCGUGCCACUCCUCGUAUUACAAGAAGCCCCUGCCAAGAGUCUCAGUUCUCAGGUGAACUGACCCGACUGUCCAGGGGCACAUAAACAAGACUCUCUCCCUUUGUUACACAUGUAUAGAUGAAUAGCAACAAGUUAAUCAUUCCUCUGUCUGCUGUUUUCACGUCCUUCAUCCGCUCAUUAAUUUAUGCAUUCCACGAUCCAUUAUGCUCCCAUCCCAUUAAUAUCAGUUAUACCAUUCCCUUUGUAGGUUUAGUGGCCGCAAAAAAACGAUGGAGAUCAUACGUCUUGUUUCUUUCGACUCUUGAUUUGCUUGCCAAGAUUGUGGUGGUGUAUUUUUUGAAGAAUAAAUUUCUGCGAGGUUGAUGCUG